UGGUGCUACAUCAGUAUCAGGCCAAAAUAAAAUAUUUGAGGUCCUUUCAUCCUCCAAAACUUGUUCAACGAGAAGAAAGUCUUCAGAUUCUCGCUCUCACUGCGCCUUCUUCUUCUUCUUCUUCUUCUUCUUCUAUAAUCUCUGCCUGUCUUUGUAUCAUAAAUUUAAUAUCUGAUCAAGUCCUUGUCAGAACUUUGGACCCAGGAAAUGAAGAAAGUUGUGUUGAAGCUGGACUUGCACGAUGACAAGGAGAAAAAGAAGGCCUUGAGUGCAGUUUCCACCCUCACAGGUAUUGAUUCGAUUGAAAUGAACAUGAAGGAUAAAAAGCUGACAGUUGUUGGGGAGGUAGACCCAGUGGAUGUUGUAAAAAAAGUUCGAAAAUUUUGGCCGUGCACAGAAAUUUUGACUGUUGGGCCUGCAAAAGAGGAGAAGAAAGAUGAUAAGAAGAAAGAAGAGACCAAGAAGGAUGAAAAGCCUAAAGGACAUAAUCCUCCUCCCACGGUCACAUACUAUUACUUGACAGAGCCAGAGCCAUGUGCAAAUAACUGUGUCAUCUGCUGAUUGUGAGGUCUGAGGGAAACAGCUGAGAGAGUUCGAAUGCUUUGGUGAUGAAACCGAAAUCUGUGAUUGAGUUUUAUUGUAUUAUGCAGGCUCUCAAUUGUAAAACAAUUCCUCAAACAGUACAAAAUUUGUGAGGGGAAUGUCAUUGAAAUUCAAUGCUGAGAUCCUGCAGACUCCAGAGCAAAUGAAUAAAUGGAAUUGGAUUUAAAGAGCUUUCUUGUUA